CCACGACUCAGCCUGUCCCUAGCUACCUGGACAAAGCGCUCGUGCCUCUCUCGCUCACAUUGGCCGGAGAAGACCUUCCUUUUUCAACGGUGGAUCCCGCGCGUGGUUUAAAGGAAACGCAAGACGAUGGCAGGUCCAUCUCCCUAUCAGUACCUUGACUCGCAGGAACAGUAUGCCGCCAUCCUCGACAAAUACGACACCUUCCUCUUUGACUGCGAUGGAGUCAUCUGGUCUGGCGAUGACCUUAUUCCAGGCGCAAAGUCAGUCCUCGCGAAGCUGAGAAAGCGUGGUAAGCAGGUUGUCUUUGUGACGAACAAUGCCAGCAAGAGCAGAAUGGCCUAUCUCAAAAAAUUCGAGAAGCUGACCAUUCAAGCCGAACUGUGCGAGGUGUUCUCAUCUUCAUAUGCGGCGGCGGUGUACAUCUCUAAGGUGCUUGACCUUCCAAAAGACCGCAAAGUUUAUGUUAUCGGCAUGGAGGGUAUUGAGGAGGAAUUGAAGGCGGUAGGGCUGGACUAUUGCGGAGGCACAGAUCCUGCCGACAAACAUUUUUUACCUUCCAUGGACUUCAGCCUGCUCAACUCUGAACGGUCUCUAGAUCACAGCGUCGGUGCGGUUCUCUGCGGGUUCGACAUGCACAUCAAUUAUCUCAAGCUCGCCAAAGCGUUCAAGUACAUUACGAGAGAUGGCGCAGAUGGCCCCGUCAGAGCAAAUGAGACAGGCGGUGGAUGCCACUUCCUCCUUACCAACGAUGACUCCACUUUCCCAGCUCGCGGCGGACCGUGGCCGGGCUCAGGAGCACUCAGCGCCCCGCUCCUCUUCGCGAGUGGACGUGCACCGAUCAUCAUCGGCAAGCCGAACAAGCCAAUGCUUGACUGCAUCGAGGCUGUUACGCACUUCGACAAAUCGAGGGCCAUCUUUGUUGGUGAUCGUCUCAAUACCGACAUCCAAUUCGGCAUCAAUGGCGGCAUCGACACCAUGCUGGUUCUCACUGGCAUCUCGAAACGUUCUGAAAUUGACGCGUCGGAUGCAAAGACAAUCCCGACCUACUGUGUGGACUCUUUAGGCAGCUUUGAUGUGUUGCAAUAGACUUCAUAGCAAUUUAUUGUAUGCUGGAAGACAU